UAAUGCCAUCGCACCCUCUCUAUACGCUCUGCAAUAACUCCUCGGCUGCCAUAUCUUCUCCACCUGUUCCCUUUUCCCUUCUUCACCUUCCCAUCACCCUCUCCAAACCUCUCUCUCUCUCUUGAUUCUCAUCGUCCGAUCCUUUCUCUCUCAUCCUCUCAUAUCCCAACCAUUCUUCUUAAAUUCUAUUCACAAGAAAGGCACACCGUCAAUAAAAACCUUAAAACCAACUCCUUUCAACACCAAGAAUCGCUUUUUCCUCUUCUAUUUUUUCACCUUCUUUUCCACCGCUUAAUUAACCCUAGUUCUUGGGAAGGGUUUUCUAUCAAAAUCAACCCUUCUAGAAGAGAGAACUGACACACAAAUCCUACUAAUUCAACGCACUACCUUGCCAAAACCCAUAUAUUUGACAUUCUCUCACCAUCUAGAGAGAGAGAGAGAGGAAUAAAGGUUUUAGGGUUUCUUGCUAAGAAGAUGCGCAGCUUCCAAGACGAGGGCUGAUGAGGGCAAGAAGGUUAAAGAUCCACACUUGAAACAAACACACCUUUUUUUUUAAGGUUGCAAGAAAUCUAGGCGUUUGACAUAAUUAAAGAUGUUUCAACCAAAUAUGUUUGAGAGCCACCACCAUUUACUGGAAAUGGGGAAUAAAACCCCAGAAAAUGAUAUGGACCUUAUCCGCGACGACGACUACGAGAGCAAGUCCGGCACCGACAACAUGGAGGCGGCCUCCGGCGACGAUCAGGACCCCAACGACCGCCCCAAGAAGAAGCGCUACCACCGCCACACCCAACAUCAGAUUCAAGAAAUGGAAUCGUUUUUCAAGGAGUGCCCUCACCCCGACGACAAGCAGAGGAAGGAGCUCGGCCGUCGAUUAGGGUUAGAGCCACUGCAGGUUAAGUUCUGGUUUCAAAAUAAGCGCACCCAGAUGAAGUCGCAACAUGAGCGACACGAGAACACACAGCUGAGAAACGAGAACGAGAAGCUGCGGGCGGAGAAUAUUCGGUACAAGGAGGCUCUCGGCAACGCCACGUGUCCCAACUGCGGCGGCCCCGCCGCCAUCGGAGAGAUGUCGUUUGACGAGCAGCAUCUCAGGAUUGAGAAUGCACGCUUGAGAGAAGAGAUUGAUAGGAUAUCUGGGAUUGCUGCUAAGUAUGUGGGAAAGCCAAUGCUAUCAUACCCUCAGCUUUCAUCUGGAGCAUCGCGUUCGCUUGAUCUCGGCGUGGGCAGUUUUGGUGCAAACACCGGCUUGUCCGGUGAGAUCUUCGGAGCUUCGGAUCUUCUCAGGUCGGUAUCUGGGCCGUCCGAUGCUGACAAGCCGAUAAUCAUCGAGCUAGCCGUUGCAGCCAUGGAGGAGCUCAUCAGAAUGGCUCAAACCGGGGAGCCUCUGUGGGUUCAAAACACCGAUGGUUUGGGCGAAGUGUUGAGUGAAGACGAGUACGUGAGGACGUUCCCACGAGGGAUCGGGCCGAAGCCGUUGGGGUUGAAAUCCGAAGCUUCGAGAGAGUCGGCUGUGGUGAUCAUGAACCACAUCAACCUGGUCGAGAUCCUCAUGGAUACAAAUCAAUGGUCGAGUGUGUUUUCGAGUAUUGUUUCAAGAGCAAUGACUUUGGAAGUGCUGUCCACCGGCGUCGCGGGAAACUACAAUGGAGCUCUGCAAGUGAUGACUGCCGAGUUCCAAGUCCCUUCUCCGUUGGUCCCAACUCGAGAGAUUUACUUCGUGAGAUACUGCAAGCAACAUGGCGAUGGAACUUGGGCAGUGGUUGAUGUCUCUCUGGACAACCUGAGACCUGCCACCAUAUCAAAAUGCAGGCGAAGGCCGUCGGGUUGUUUGAUCCAAGAACUGCCCAAUGGCUACUCAAAGGUAACAUGGGUUGAACAUGUAGAGGUUGAUGAUAGAGCUGUCCAUAAUAUCUACAAACCGUUGGUGAAUUCCGGCCUUGCCUUUGGAGCCCGGCGAUGGGUGGCAAUACUAGACCGCCAAUGUGAGCGACUAGCGAGUUUAAUGGCAAGUAACAUUUCAGCAGGAGACGUAGGAGUCAUAUCUUCUCCAAAAGGUAGAAAGAGCAUGCUGAAGCUUGCUGAGAGAAUGGUGAUGAGCUUCUGCACAGGCGUGGGCGCCUCAACUGCGCACACGUGGACAACGCUGUCGGGAAGUGGAGCCGAUGAUGUUCGGGUGAUGACUAGGAAGAGCAUGGAUGACCCCGGGAGACCUCCCGGGAUCGUGCUCAGUGCUGCCACCUCGUUCUGGCUCCCAGUCCCACCAAAGCGAGUCUUCGACUUCCUGCGCAACGAGAAUUCAAGAAAUGAGUGGGACAUUCUUUCGAAUGGUGGGCUUGUUCAAGAAAUGGCUCACAUUGCCAAUGGCCGUGAUCCGGGAAACUCCGUCUCUCUUCUUCGUGUUAAUAGUGCCAACUCGAGCCAGAGCAAUAUGCUGAUAUUGCAGGAGAGCUGCAGCGAUGCCACCGGUUCCUACGUUAUCUAUGCUCCCGUAGACAUCAUAGCCAUGAACGUGGUCUUGAGUGGUGGAGAUCCCGACUACGUGGCCCUCUUGCCAUCGGGUUUUGCCAUACUACCCGAUGGAGCCAACGACCAAACGGGUGGAAUCAGUGAGGUCGGAUCCCUGCUGACCGUCGCCUUUCAGAUAUUGGUCGAUUCCGUUCCCACUGCGAAGCUCUCCUUGGGUUCCGUUGCAACGGUGAACAGCCUCAUCAAAUGCACGGUUGAAAGGAUCAAAGGCGCAGUCCUAAAUGAUGCUGCUUGACCAAAAACGUUGCUGGUUGAUGGCGAUGAAGUAAUUUUGUGGAACAAGGGAUUUUUGUUUACAAAAUGAUGAAGCGGAAAGAAGGGAAGAAGUCAAGAACGCACCUCAAAUUUAUCCUUGCCGAUUAAUGAAGACGGCAAAAGGAUUUUUCAUUAAUCUGCAAGGGUGAUUGGUUCGGGUAUUGACUCCACCCAUCAACCAGAAAUCGAGUAAACGAAGACUCCUUUUCACAUUGUAUUUGUACCUAACUCUUUAAUCCUUCUUUUUUUUUUUUUUUUUUUCUGUCGGAGUUUAGCCUUUAUUGAUUUUUUCCUUUGUGAGAGCCGAAAAAGAAAACUCCUUAAUUUAGCAAAUGAAGAUGUGUUUAGCACUCAACUCUUUUGGCUAUUUCUCACAACAUUUUGGUUAAUCUUUAUUUACCUUUGGUAAUCUCGACCUACAAUACUAAUCUUUAUAUUUAUUA